AUGUCUGCUAAUUCUCCUGCAACGGAGGGUCAGUUAGUGGGUAUAGGGAACCCACUCUUGGACAUAUCAGCUAUAGUAGACGAGGACUUGCUCAAGAAAUAUGAUCUGCAUCCAGAUGACGCUAUCAUGGCUGAAGAAAAACACAUGCCCUUAUACAAAGAACUCGCUGAGAAGUACAUAAUAUGGCGGAGGGGUGUGACGGUUCACUACCCAGACAUCAUCAGCGGCUCCCACGAAACCUGCGCCGUACUAGUGACGGGAACCCACCGCUCGCUUCUGCGCCCAACCUCGCGGGCCGCUCAACACUUCACGCCCGACUUCCUUAAAACACCCGAAUGCCAGAAGAGCAUAGAGAAGGCUAAAAUUCUUUUUUAUGCAUCGGUACUUACUAGUUUCGUGAACCGAGGAGCUAGCUUCUUUGAACAGAGUUUUUUGGGCUUGCUUCAUGAACCGAAGAGCUUUCAGUUUGUCCCCUUUUGUUUAUCAAAUAGAAGAAAUAUGAUUCCCCAGUUAGACCCUUGCCAAGUAACACCAAUACUUCGUAGUAGGGAGCAAGAUAUUGAGACGGUUUCUUCGUGGCCGUAUCUCCUGAGUCCCAUAAUGUUACUCUGUGAACACGCUCACAAUAACGGCCACACGUUCGUCAUGAACCUCAGUGCUCCGUUUCGUCUCUCAGUUUCUACAAAGGACCCCUUGGGAGAAACUCCUGCCCCGAAGCAGAGGCCGUUCGCGAAAGCCUUCAACUUAAAAGCGAAGGACUUAAAGUCUAUAGCUUUAGAAAUGGCUGCAAUAAUGGAAAAACCUCAACAAGAAUAG